AUGUCCCGGAUAUUGGACUUAUUCCUCAACUUGGUAGCAGCCACCAUUCAAAUUCCCCUGUUGCUUUUGCACACUUUGGGACUGGAGAACUGGCUUGCCUCGUUCCAAUCGCCUUUCAAUUUCCCAGAUAAUGUGUUACCGCGCUCUCCGCCAACUUCUUCCUCCUCCACCAUAUUAAACACCACGCGCUAUCUCCACAACCAGAUCGUCGAUGCAGUCGACAUCGUGCAAAUUGUUCAUCUACAUGGCUAUAAAGUCCACGAGCACGUCGUUCAAACAAAAGACGGCUACUUGCUGUCUAUUCAUCGAAUAGUGUCUCAGUCCGCACCUAAAAAUAAACCUGUUGUCUACAUGCAUCACGGACUUCUCACUAACAGCGAGCUAUUCGUCCUCGGAGAUACCACCUCUCGGUGUUUACCGUUUCGCUUGGUGGACCUAGGGUACGACGUUUGGCUCGGAAAUAACCGUGGUAACAAGUAUUCCCGCAAACAUCUCACCCUCUCGUCAAGAGACGUGAAAUUCUGGGACUACUCGCUGGACGAGUUCGCCAUGUUCGACAUCCCAGACACAAUAGACUACAUUCUGCGGGCCACAGACCAGCCCGAUCUCACUUACAUCGGAUUCAGUCAAGGUUCUGCUCAAUGUCUGGCCGCUCUGUCCUUGGACCGCGAUCUCAACUCCAAGAUCAAGUAUUUCAUUGGACUCUCGCCCGCAAUGGUCCCAAAGGGCUUGAACCAUCCAGUUCUGAGUUUCUUUGUCAACUCUGCUGCAAAUUUGAUGUACAGACUUUUUGGACGCAGAGCUAUACUACCCUCGGUCGUGUUCUGGCAGAAAUUGAUGGGCCCUGCACUAUACGAGUUGGUGGUGGACCGUUCGCUUGUGUUUCUGUUCGGAUGGGAGUCUCGCAACGUGACCAAAUCUCAGAAGAGAGUCGGCUACGCACACAUGUUUUCACCUUCGAGCGUGAAAAGCGUGAUCCACUGGUUCCAGAUCAUCAGCAGCGGCCGGUUCCAGAUGUUUGACGAAGGCGGCACUUCGGGCUCGCGCCUGGUGUACCUAAGUGGUGCUGCCUCGUUGAAAACCAAUAGAGUGGCUCCGUUCCCAACACCAACUAUUACGACCCCCAUUCUGCUGAUCUACGGCAAGUCGGACUCCCUGGUGGACAUCGACAACACCCUGAGCCAGCUAACAUGUCCCGUGGACGUGGUGGGGAUCGACAAGUACGAGCACAUGGAUACCCUUUGGGCAGCAGACGUGGAAGACAAGGUUUUCCAGCUGGUGACCAAAACUCUCGCUAGCAUCUAG